CGACCCCUUAUAGGGCGUGGCGUAGGGCCGCGGCUCGGGUGCGGUAGCAGCUGGCGGGCGAGGUCCAGGCGGCUCGCUGCGGCUCGGCUAGGAGCCCCUGGCGCGCCGCGCCCUCGGUGCCGGGCCGCGGAGCCGGGGAUGCUCGCGGCGCCCAGGAGUCAUGGUCCGCUUCGGGGACGAGCUGAGUGGCCGCUAUGGGGGCACCGGCGGCGGGGAGCGGGCUCGGGGCGGCGGGGCCGGCGGGGCGGGCGGCCCGGGCCAGGGAGGUCUGCCGCCGGGCCAGCGGGUCCUCUACAAGCAGUCCAUCGCGCAGCGCGCACGGACCAUGGCCCUGUACAACCCCAUCCCAGUCAAGCAGAACUGCUUCACCGUCAACCGCUCGCUCUUCGUCUUCAGCGAGGACAACGUCGUCCGCAAAUACGCUAAGCGCAUCACCGAGUGGCCGCCCUUCGAAUACAUGAUCCUGGCCACCAUCAUCGCCAACUGCAUUGUUCUGGCCCUGGAGCAGCACCUUCCUGAUGGGGACAAGACUCCCAUGUCUGAACGCCUGGAUGACACGGAGCCUUAUUUCAUCGGGAUCUUUUGCUUCGAGGCGGGGAUCAAGAUCAUCGCACUGGGCUUCGUUUUCCACAAGGGCUCCUACCUUCGAAAUGGCUGGAAUGUCAUGGACUUCGUGGUGGUCCUCACGGGGAUUCUCGCCACAGCUGGAACAGACUUUGACCUCCGGACCCUGAGGGCUGUGCGUGUGCUAAGACCCCUGAAGCUGGUGUCUGGAAUUCCAAGUUUGCAGGUGGUGCUCAAGUCCAUCAUGAAGGCCAUGGUCCCACUGCUGCAGAUCGGGCUGCUGCUGUUCUUUGCCAUCCUCAUGUUUGCCAUCAUUGGGCUCGAGUUCUACAUGGGCAAGUUCCAUAAAGCCUGCUUCCCCAACAGCACAGAUGCAGAGCCUGUGGGUGACUUUCCCUGUGGCAAGGAGGCCCCAGCUCGGCUGUGUGAGGGUGACACUGAAUGCCGGGAGUACUGGCCAGGACCCAACUUUGGCAUCACCAACUUCGACAACAUCCUGUUUGCCAUCUUGACAGUGUUCCAGUGUAUCACCAUGGAGGGCUGGACUGACAUCCUCUAUAAUACAAAUGAUGCAGCUGGCAACACCUGGAACUGGUUGUACUUCAUCCCUCUCAUCAUCAUUGGCUCCUUCUUUAUGCUCAACCUAGUGCUGGGUGUGCUCUCUGGCGAGUUCGCCAAGGAGCGGGAGCGAGUAGAGAACCGCCGUGCCUUUCUGAAGCUCCGCAGGCAGCAGCAGAUCGAGCGAGAACUGAACGGGUACUUGGAGUGGAUCUUCAAGGCGGAGGAAGUCAUGUUGGCCGAGGAGGACAAGAAUGCUGAAGAGAAGUCCCCUUUGGAUGCAGUGUUGAAGAGAGCUGCCACCAAGAAGAGCCGAAAUGACCUGAUCCAUGCGGAGGAGGGGGAGGACCGGUUUGUGGACCUCUGUGCUGUUGGGUCUCCCUUUGCUCGUGCCAGCCUCAAGAGUGGGAAGACGGAGAGCUCAUCAUACUUCCGGAGGAAGGAGAAGAUGUUCCGGUUCUUCAUCCGGCGUAUGGUGAAAGCACAGAGCUUCUACUGGGUGGUACUGUGCGUGGUGGCCCUGAACACAUUGUGCGUGGCCAUGGUGCACUAUAAUCAGCCUCAGCGGCUUACCACUGCACUGUACUUUGCAGAGUUUGUUUUCCUGGGUCUCUUUCUCACAGAGAUGUCCCUGAAGAUGUAUGGCCUAGGGCCCAGGAGCUACUUUAGGUCUUCCUUCAACUGCUUUGACUUCGGGGUGAUUGUGGGGAGCAUCUUUGAAGUAGUCUGGGCUGCCAUCAAACCAGGAACCUCCUUUGGAAUUAGUGUGCUGCGGGCUCUCCGACUGCUGAGGAUUUUCAAAGUCACAAAGUAUUGGAAUUCCCUGAGGAACCUGGUGGUAUCCCUCCUCAAUUCCAUGAAGUCCAUCAUCAGCCUCCUCUUCCUGCUUUUCCUCUUCAUUGUGGUCUUCGCCCUGUUGGGGAUGCAGCUGUUUGGGGGACAGUUCAACUUUCAAGACGAGACCCCGACCACCAAUUUUGAUACCUUCCCAGCUGCCAUCCUCACUGUCUUUCAGAUCCUGACGGGAGAGGACUGGAAUGCAGUAAUGUACCAUGGGAUUGAGUCACAAGGUGGAGUCAGCAAAGGCAUGUUUUCCUCCUUUUACUUCAUCGUCUUGACGUUGUUCGGAAACUACACCCUGCUGAAUGUUUUCCUAGCCAUUGCUGUGGACAACCUUGCCAAUGCCCAGGAGUUGACCAAGGAUGAAGAGGAGAUGGAAGAAGCAGCCAAUCAGAAGCUUGCUCUUCAGAAGGCCAAAGAAGUAGCUGAAGUCAGCCCCAUGUCUGCUGCCAACAUCUCCAUCGCUGCUUUUGUAAAGCAAACUCGAGGUACUGUAUCUCGCAGCUCAUCUGUCUCCAGCGUAAACUCACCCAGGCAGCAGAAUUCGGCCAAGGCGCGCUCAGUGUGGGAGCAGCGGGCCAGUCAGCUAAGGCUGCAGAACCUGCGUGCCAGCUGUGAGGCACUGUACAGCGAGAUGGACCCCGAGGAGCGCCUGCGUUAUGCCAGCACACGCCAUGUGAGGCCUGACAUGAAGACACACAUGGACCGGCCCCUAGUGGUGGAGCCUGGCCGGGAUGGCUUGCGGGGACCUGUGGGGAACAAGUCAAAGCCUGAAGGCACAGAGGCCGCUGAAAGUGCAGACCCGCCACGAAGGCACCACCGGCACCGUGAUAGGGACAAGGGCUCAGCCGCGGCCCCUGCUGGCGGUGAACAGGAAAGGACGGACUGUCCAAAGACCGAAAACACUGAACCGGCGACCCGGGAAGAACGCCCGCGCCCUCGUCGCAGUCACAGCAAGGAUGCUGCAGGGGCUGAAGUGCAAGCACGCUGUGAGCGCAACAGGCGGCACCACCGGCGUGGCUCCCCGGAAGAGGAGGCCACUGAACGCGAGCCCCGGCGACACCGUGCCCACCGGCACGCACAGGACUCCGGCAAAGAGGGCACCGCACCAGUGCUGGUACCCAAGGGCGAGCGACGCCCACGACAUCGAGGCCCCCGCACGGGCCCCCGCGAGGCAGAGAACAGCGAGGAGCCCACACGCCGGCACCGUGCAAGGCAUAAGGGGCCACCAACACUUGAUCCCCCAGAGAGGGAGGUUGCAGAGAAGGAGAGCCCCGUGGCAGAAGGGGAUAAGGAAACCCGAAACCACCAGCCCAAGGAACCUCACUGUGAUCUGGAGACCAUUGCAGUUACAGGUGUAGGCCCUCUGCACAUGCUGCCCAGCACCUGUCUCCAGAAAGUGGAAGAACAACCAGAAGAUGCAGACAACCAGCGUAAUGUCACCCGGAUGGGCAGUCAGCCUUCAGACCCCAGCACCACUGUGCAUGUCCCAGUGACACUGACAGGCCCCCCCGGGGAGACCACUGUAGUUCCCAGUGGUAAUGUGGACGUGGAAGGCCAAACAGAGGGCAAGAAGGAGGCAGAGGCUGAUGAUGUGCUGAGAAGAGGCCCCCGGCCCAUCGUCCCAUACAGCUCCAUGUUCUGUCUCAGCCCCACCAACCUGCUCCGUCGCUUCUGCCAUUACAUUGUGACCAUGCGGUACUUUGAGAUGGUAAUUCUCGUGGUCAUUGCUCUGAGCAGCAUUGCCCUGGCUGCUGAGGAUCCUGUGCGGACUGAUUCAUCCAGGAACAAUGCUUUAAAGUACAUGGAUUACAUCUUUACAGGCGUCUUCACCUUCGAAAUGGUCAUAAAGAUGAUAGACUUGGGGCUGUUGCUGCACCCUGGAGCCUACUUCCGGGACCUGUGGAAUGUUCUGGACUUCGUUGUUGUCAGUGGAGCCCUGGUGGCAUUUGCUUUCUCGAGCUUCAUGGGAGGAUCCAAAGGGAAAGACAUCAAUACCAUCAAGUCCCUGCGAGUCCUGCGUGUCCUGCGGCCCCUCAAGACCAUCAAACGGCUGCCUAAGCUCAAGGCUGUGUUUGACUGCGUGGUGAACUCCCUGAAGAAUGUCCUCAACAUCUUGAUUGUCUACAUGCUCUUCAUGUUCAUAUUUGCCGUCAUUGCAGUGCAGCUCUUCAAAGGGAAGUUUUUUUACUGCACCGAUGAAUCCAAGGAACUGGAGAGGGACUGCAGGGGUCAGUAUUUGGAUUAUGAGAAGGAGGAAGUGGAGGCUCAGCCAAGGCAGUGGAAGAAAUAUGACUUCCACUAUGACAAUGUGCUCUGGGCCCUGUUGACGCUGUUCACGGUGUCCACAGGAGAGGGGUGGCCCAUGGUGCUGAAACAUUCUGUGGACGCCACCUAUGAGGAGCAGGGGCCAAGCCCCGGGUUCCGGAUGGAACUUUCUAUCUUCUAUGUGGUCUACUUUGUUGUCUUCCCUUUUUUCUUUGUCAACAUCUUUGUGGCCUUGAUCAUUAUCACCUUCCAGGAACAGGGGGACAAGGUGAUGUCUGAAUGCAGCCUGGAAAAGAAUGAGAGGGCUUGCAUUGACUUUGCCAUCAGUGCCAAACCCCUGACACGAUACAUGCCCCAAAACAAGCAGUCAUUCCAGUAUAAGACAUGGACAUUCGUGGUCUCUCCACCCUUUGAGUACUUCAUUAUGGCCAUGAUAGCCCUCAACACAGUGGUGCUGAUGAUGAAGUUCUAUGAUGCACCUUAUGAGUAUGAGCUGAUGCUGAAAUGCUUGAACAUUGUCUUCACAUCCAUGUUCUCUAUGGAAUGCAUAUUGAAGAUCAUCGCCUUUGGAGUUCUGAACUAUUUCAGAGAUGCCUGGAAUGUCUUUGACUUUGUCACUGUGUUGGGAAGUAUUACUGAUAUUUUAGUAACAGAGAUUGCGGAAACGAACAACUUCAUCAACUUGAGCUUCCUGCGCCUCUUUCGAGCAGCACGGCUGAUCAAGCUGCUUCGCCAGGGCUACACCAUCCGCAUCCUGCUGUGGACCUUCGUCCAGUCCUUUAAGGCGCUGCCCUACGUGUGCCUCCUCAUUGCCAUGCUGUUCUUCAUCUAUGCCAUCAUCGGCAUGCAGGUUUUUGGAAACAUCGCCCUUGAUGAUGACACCAGUAUCAACCGACACAACAACUUCCGGACGUUUCUACAAGCCUUGAUGCUGUUGUUCAGGAGUGCUACUGGGGAGGCCUGGCAUGAGAUCAUGCUGUCUUGUCUGGGCAACCGGGCCUGCGACCCAUAUGCCAACGCCAGCGAAUGUGGGAGCGACUUUGCCUACUUUUAUUUUGUCUCCUUCAUCUUCCUUUGCUCCUUUCUGAUGUUGAACCUCUUUGUUGCUGUGAUCAUGGACAAUUUUGAGUACCUCACGCGGGACUCUUCCAUCCUAGGGCCACACCACCUAGACGAAUUCAUUCGAGUCUGGGCUGAGUACGACCCAGCUGCGUGUGGGCGCAUCAGUUACAAUGACAUGUUUGAGAUGCUGAAACACAUGUCCCCACCUCUGGGGUUGGGGAAGAAAUGCCCGGCUCGAGUUGCAUACAAGCGCCUGGUUCGCAUGAACAUGCCCAUAUCCAAUGAGGACAUGACAGUGCACUUUACAUCCACCCUGAUGGCCCUCAUCCGGACAGCACUGGAGAUCAAGCUUGCCCCAGCAGGGACAAAGCAGCACCAGUGUGAUGCCGAGCUGAGAAAGGAGAUAUCUUCUGUGUGGGCUAACCUACCCCAGAAAACUCUGGACUUACUCGUACCACCCCACAAACCUGAUGGGAUGACGGUGGGGAAAGUCUAUGCAGCUCUGAUGAUAUUUGACUUCUACAAACAAAACAAAACCACCAGAGAUCAGACUCACCAAGCUCCCGGAGGCCUGCCCCAGAUGGGCCCCGUGUCCCUCUUCCACCCUCUGAAGGCCACCCUGGAGCAGACCCAACCCGCUGUGCUUCGAGGAGCUCGGGUGUUCCUUCGACAGAAGAGUGCCACUUCCCUCAGCAACGGUGGUGCCAUACAAACCCAGGAGAGCGGCAUCAAGGAGUCGCUGUCGUGGGGCACACAGAGGACCCAGGAUGCACUUUAUGAGGCCAGAGCCCCUCUAGAACGUGGCCAUUCUGCAGAGAUCCCUGUGGGGCAGCCAGGAAAACUGGCUGUGGAUGUCCAGAUGCAGAACAUGACAUUGAGAGGACCUGAUGGGGAGCCCCAGCCCGGGCUGGAGAGCCAAGGCCGGGCUGCCUCUAUGCCACGCCUAGCGGCAGAAACACAGCCUGCCCCUGAUGCCAGCCCCAUGAAGCGCUCCAUCUCCACACUGGCUCCGCGCCCCCAUGGGACUCACCUUUGCAACACAGUCCUGGACCGGCCUCCCCCUAGCCAGGCAUCACAUCACCAUCAUCACCGCUGCCACCGGCGCAGGGAAAAGAAGCAGAGGUCCCUGGAGAAGGGGCCCAGCCUGUCUGCUGACACAGAAGGUGCACCAAGUGGUGCUGCAGGAUCUGGCCUGCCCCAAGGAGAAGGGUCCACAGGCUGCCGCCGGGAGCGCAAGCAAGAACGAGGAAGGUCCCAGGAGCGGAGGCAGCCUUCCUCUUCCUCUUCAGAGAAGCAGCGCUUCUAUUCCUGUGACCGCUUUGGGAGUCGGGAGCCCCCACAACACAAGCCCUCCCUCAGCAGCCACCCUACAUCGCCAACAGCGGCACUAGAGCCAGGACCCCACCCACAGGGCAGUGGUUCAGUUAAUGGGAGCCCCUUGAUGUCAACAUCUGGUGCUAGCACCCCAGGCCGAGGUGGACGGAGGCAGCUCCCCCAGACUCCCCUGACCCCACGCCCCAGCAUCACCUACAAGACCGCCAAUUCCUCGCCUGUCCACUUUGCUGGGGGUCAGAGUGGCCUCCCAGCCUUCUCCCCUGGCCGUCUCAGCCGCGGCCUUUCUGAACACAAUGCCCUGCUCCAGAAAGAGCCCCUGAGCCAGCCUCUAGCCCCUGGCUCUCGCAUUGGCUCUGACCCUUACCUGGGGCAGCGUCUGGACAGUGGGGCCUCUGCCCACACUCUACCUGAGGAUACACUCACUUUUGAAGAGGCGGUGGCCACCAACUCUGGCCGCUCCUCCAGGACUUCCUACGUGUCCUCCCUCACCUCCCAAUCCCACCCUCUCCGCCGUGUGCCCAAUGGCUACCACUGCACUUUGGGACUCAGCACCGGCGUCCGGGCACGGCACAGCUACCACCACCCAGACCAGGACCACUGGUGCUAACUGCACCAUGACUGCCCACCCAUGCACCAGCUCCGUGGGUGCGGGUUCCAGUUGAUGAGUUUUAUCAUCCGCUCUGGGCUGUGGGGUCACAGCCCUGGGAGGAGGGUCCUCACAUCAUGGCCUCUGUGGUGGAGGCUCCUGCUUCUCUCCUUCCCUCCCUUUUACACUGGAUGGACUAAUAAAGCCCUUUCUUAGAGGGAUAUGGUUCUCUCUAUCCUCCUGUGUACUGCCUUCCUGGGUUCCAUGCCAGAUGUUGGAUCCUAAGCAGGAGGUAGCUGAGUUGAGAUGGACCCAGCAAAUCCAAAUCCUUUGUCAUGGCCUCCAGCAUCCAGGGUGGGUACUUGGGACUUUCUUAGGAGGCCUGAGUCUCAUGGAGAGUAUUGUUUGUCUGAAUGUGUAGCCUGGGGGAUAGGGAGACCUUGAAAACAAGGAAAGGACCCCAGCUGUGUCUGGCAGCACCUGCCAGCAUCAGUAAUCCCGUGUCUGUUGUCUUGGAGUCAAACAGCGCGUGUGUGUGGAGAUGCACUCAAGGCCUUCCAUCUCUGCUGUCACCAUAAUAGGGACCAAAUCUGGAGAACGUUGAUGCUAUUGAUUCUGGUUUUCAGCUACAUCACCUGUCACUGUUUGUCCUUUCUAUAUAGUUGAUCUCAAAAAACCAGAAAACAGGGAAGGAAAUGUCCAUGUAACUUUAAAAACUCAACGUGUAGGGAGGCCUCUGUUUUGCAUUGUUUCUGUGACUUGUAUGUGAUGUUCCUGUAUGGAUUCUACCCUGCCCAGGAAGUGCCCAAUGCCCCUGGCUCCUCUGCUCAACCAAGUGCCUGAUCUCCGGCUCUGAGCAUCGUAUAUGAGGCCAGGCCUCGGGGACUGUCGGGUGGACUGGAUGGGAACUGCUCAGAGCAGCAUGGGAGCGUGUGUCAGAGAAACAGCUGCUGCACUCCAUGCACCUCCCCAAGUGAUGAGCUCUGAAGAAGCUGCAGAGUAGCAGUGUGUGCUCUCAUGAGGCAUUUUCAAUCUGUUUUUUAAUCUGAUUCUCAGGGACGGGAUGCCUGCCAAGUAGGGUAUGAUCUCUGUUGUGUUUAAAAAAAAAACAAACAAACUUGUUUUUACUGGAUGCUGAAGAGUGAGCGCUAGGCACUAAUAAAGAAGAGAGGGAAUAGGGCAGGGGAAAAGGAGCUGGAAGCAUAACAAGAAACAGGCAGGGAGGAAAUGGCUCCUGGAAGGAGGCUGGGUGUCUAAAGCCUAGUGGAGUCCCUGGCCCCAGAUCUGGGGAGGCAGCAGUCAAAUAAAGCCUCACCUCAUGGCUACUUUGCAAAGGGAAAACCCAUACCCAGGAAGGGGUGAGAUAUGCACAGACAGCUGGGAGCCCAUUAGGGGAAGGUUGCUCUCGGCAGGCAGGCAGGCACUCCUAGGUGUGUUUUGUGUUUUGAAAUUUCUGAUGACUUCUUGGUGGAAAUGUUGGCUUCUAUCCCACGUUUCUCACAGAAGCUGUGUGUGAUUGUGUAUGUGUGUGUGUGUGUGUGUGUGUGUGUGUGUGUGUGUGUGUGUGUGUAGGUGUGUUCACUGAGUGGCUGUUGUCAAUCAUAGGGCUAUGCAACAAAAGACACAUUACUAGAAACAAAACACAAGACCGCCACGUGGUCUAGGGUUUCAGCAUGAUUGUGACCAAACCUUUUAUAGAAUUUCCUUAUAUGAAGGCACAAUACCCUGAAACUUUAAUGAUAACAGAGUAUUUUAUUCCAGUAGGGUAAAAUUAAACAGGAACCUUGGACUGUGCAUGUGACUGCACCUAUGUUGCAAAGUAGAAGGAUGUGCAUUUUGAUACUGACGUUCUGUCUCUGUUCCAAGCCCAGCCCUUGUUCUCUGGAGUGUUGAGUGUAUACAUUCUGUGUGGAACUACAGAUGCCCCAGACAGCCCUGGGUUGGGAAUCAUCUUUACCCCACAUUAGCAUAGCUGGCUUUUCUUCCAGGCAUUGGUAUACAUGAAAAUCACAAGCAGGGAAAGGAGACAUGGAGUCUUGUUUCCUGACUUUGGGUUUGUUUCUGUACUGUCUCUUCCUGUCUGUUCCCCCUGAAAUUUCAUAGUGAGUUGCCAAAUUUGAAAUGCAACAACCAGCUGUCUGCAUCUGGAACCUGUCAAGCAGUGGCUGUAGUUUGGACAAGUUAUGUGUGCAUGUAAAAUAUAUCCAUAUAUACAUUAUACAAGUAUGCGCAUGAAAUGUAUAUCUUCGUACUUUUUGAUACAAUGUAUUCAUUUGUUAAUUUUUAAUUAUAUUUGAUAUAAAUUGAAGGUUUGUUGCAAAACUUUAUAUUUAACAGUGUUGAGAGAGAGAGAGAGAGAGAGAGAGAGAGAGAGAGAGAGAGAUCCAAUCAUGCAACACAAAUGGGAUCUACUUUAAAAAGCAAAAACAAGUCCCUUGACUAGUUUGCUGCCUGAAUAAUAUUUACAAACCAAACUUUGGAUUCUGCUCUUGUUUCUACAAUGACUUUUUGUAUAAAGCAAAGUCCUUGGAUUAAAUAAAAACAACCAAAAAAAUUCAAAAUCAAAA